AGAUACCUCGUUGAUACCUUGCAGAGGCAAUGGAGGCAAUGAUACAAACUCUGUUGUAAUUAAAACAUAAAGAAAAAAAUAUUCUUAGGUGUACAAUACUCUUUCAGUAUCAUUCAAUGCCUAACAUUUCAGAAGAUGAAAAGGAGAAUGGUUCUGGAAAUAAUGGAAACACUGAAAACAAACCUGGGAAGGAAUCCCCAGAAGCUUCUCUUCGUGAUCCCGUGAAGCCGUACUGCAUGUCAGACGCCUCCGCUGCGUCCUUGGUGUCUAGGGGAGAUGGGCAUUAUCCAUGGGGAUGUCCUGUGACUCAUACACGAGAGAAAUUUUAUACCAUCUGCUCAGACUAUGCUUUUUUAAACAGAGUAACAUCUAUUUGUAAAAGCCCAAGUGCUUCAGUUAGUGCCUGCCUGUCAGGCAGUGCUGCCUUAAACGUUGGAAAUAACACACCAAGUGCUUCAGAGAUAAUCUACAGUGAAGAUGCUGACUUGGAAAGCUUGCCUGGCGAUCUUGGAAAGCUUCCACUGGCAUGGGAAAUUGACAAAUCGGAGUUCAAUGGCGUGACCACAAAUCUGAAGAACAAAGCAGGCAACAUGAAGAAACAAGCGACAAAGAAAAAAUCCCUAGACAAAAAAACCAAACAAUACAGGGAAUGUCCUCAGCGUUCUGCUCUUGAAGACGUGAAGGAGAGGAAAGUGUUGGACCUCCGGAGAUGGUAUUGUGUUAGCCGACCUCAAUACAAGACUUCCUGUGGAAUUUCAUCCUUAGUGUCUUGCUGGAAUUUCUUAUAUAGUACACUGGGAGCUGGAAGUUUACCACCUAUUACUCAAGAAGAAGCUUUGCAUAUACUGGGCUUUCAGCCCCCAUUUGAGGAGAUUAGGUUUGGCCCCUUCACUGGAAAUACAACUUUAAUGAGAUGGUUUAGGCAAAUAAAUGAUCACUUCCAUAUCAAGGGAUGCUCAUACGUUCUGUAUAAACCUCAUGGGAAGAACAAGACAGCUGGAGAAACUGCUGCAGGGGCUCUUGCAAAGCUAACACGUGGACUCAAAGAUGAAUCAAUGGCCUACAUCUACCAUUGCCAAAACCAUUAUUUUUGCCCAAUCGGAUUUGAAGCAACCCCAGUAAAAGCUAGUAAAGCAUAUAGAGGUCGUGUCUUGCAGCAAGAAGUAGAAUACUGGAUCUUAAUUGGAGAGCCGAGCAGAAAACAUCCAACAAUACACUGUAAAAGGUGGGCAGAUAUUGUCACUGACCUAAACACCCAAAAUCCAGAAUAUCUAGAUAUUCGACACCUGGAGAGAGGAUUGCAGCAUCGAAAAACAAAGAAGGUUGGAGGAAAUCUUCAUUGCAUCAUUGCCUUUCAGAGACUUAACUGGCAAAGAUUUGGUCCUUGGAAUUUUCCAUUUGGAAACGUUAGACAAGAUAAACAAUCCCAUCCACAAGGACAAGGAAUUUCCAAAUCUGAGAGUGAAGACAAUAUCUCUAAGAAACCACAUGGACGACUGGGUCGAUCUUUCAGUGCUGGCUUUCAUCAAGAAUCUACGUGGAAGAAAUCUAAUCUUCGUGAGAGGAGGAACAGUGGGUAUCACAGUUAUAAUGAUUAUGAUGGAAAUGAUUAAAAUUAACUUUAGAUAAUAGAGUUGAUAUAUUAAAGUUAGUUUUAAUCAAGAUAUAUUAGGGAUCUUUAGUCUUAGAAUACAUAUGAAUAGAAAUUAUGGUAUAAGAUACAGCUUCAUAAUUAUUAAAUAAAUCUCAUGAUAUGGCUGCAAUGGAUGAGAUCUGAUGUAUAAACUGACAGAUAAGCACAAAUUAUUGUACUCUGCAAUCAAAAGUAAAUAUGACAGCAAAAUCAAUCAUUUCUUUUGAAAUAAUUGUACUAUGUCCGGAUCUGUGAAAACAAAAGGGCAGAUUGAAAUUAGUCAAUGUAAUAAACUGACUUCAUUGGAAAUACUUAGUAUGCAAAAGCAUGAAAAUUUAUUAUGUGACUUUAUAAAAAGGGUUAUUCUGAAAGUAAACAUUGCCUUCCUUUUUAACACUCUAUUUUAUUAAGGCUGCCCAUAUCCAGUGAAAACAAAAAAAAUCACAUAGGUUAGAAAACCCUGUCAGAUUUACGAAGUGAAUGUACGUUCUCCAUUUAGUUCCCAGUAGACUUCUGUCAGUCAGAUAAUCAUAUUUUGUCAAGUAGGUCUCAGUUACUUUUCCCUUAGCUGGAUGCCUGUUUUAGACUGAGAGGAAUCGCCUGUGGCAGGGAAGGUUCGAGGAUGGACCUUCUUUAUUGCUUUUGCUCUGUGGGUACAGCGGCUGAAUUCUUAUCCUGGAGCCUCUUGAGAGCACGGACUCACUUAACACAAGCUUGUGAAAUUCAGUAUUAAAAAGCUGUGUUUACCGUUAUCCAAAUGAGCCAGUUGAACACUGCGUUCUGUUGGCAGUUCUUUUCCUCGUUCAGUCUUAAAACCUCUGUCAUUUUUCUGCUGCUCUUCUGAUUUUGUGUGAAAGUGAUGCAAGUGCCGAAAACUGCUGGCAGCCCUGAUGAUACUAUAUACCUCUCAGCCAGCAAACAAUUCAAGCUUUUUCAGGUGUCCAUGUGCAGUCUCUAUUUUCAAUUAUUUUUUUCUAAUUUGAAAUGUAUCCAGUUGUUUGCUCAAACACAUCUCAACAGUUGUAACUUCUGCGUACAAAUGUUCAUACCUGCUCAAGGAUUAAUUUUUUGACAUAAAAAGAUUUCUCAUGGAAUGCAGGGGUUUUGUAGGUUGCUGCUUUUGUUAACCAAAAAUGGGAGACUUUUAGACUUUUGUUCAUUCAAUAAAAUUUGUUUUCUA